CUUAACAAGUACCGAAUAUAAUAUAAUAUCUUUUGUCAACAACUACAGCAAUAUAUAAUAUAUAUAGUUAAAAGUUCAACCAAAAAAAAGAAAUAUAUAUAUAUAGUUAAAACUAUAUCUGAUUUCAGAGACGCAGAAAGAGAGUCAGAGAUCGAAAAUGGUGACUAAUACUGAAGUGGUAGCUCCCGCGAGCAACGGCGUUGACGGAGGAUGUUGCAAGUCAGGUCCUGGUUACGCGACGCCACUCGCCGCCAUGUCUGGUCCACCGGAAAAGCUCAUCUACGUCACCGCCGUCUACACUGGAACGGGACGAGAGAAGCCUGAUUACUUGGCAACGGUGGAUGUUGAUCCAAACUCACCAACCUAUUCAACCGUCAUUCACAGAUUGCCAAUGCCUUUUGUAGGUGAUGAGCUUCAUCACUCUGGUUGGAACUCUUGCAGCUCUUGCCAUGGUGAUGCUUCCGCUGAUCGACGUUACCUCGUCUUACCAUCCCUUAUAUCUGGUCGCAUCUAUGCGAUUGACACAAAGGCAGACCCGAGGGCACCGUCUUUGUACAAGUAUGUGGAUCCUAAGGAGAUUGCUGAAAAGACUGGAUUGGCUUAUCCACACACGGCUCAUUGCCUUGCCUCUGGUGAGAUCUUGGUGUCCUGUCUUGGAGACGAAGAGGGAAACGCCAAGGGGAAUGGGUUUCUUCUUCUUGACUCUGAUUUCAACAUCAAGAACAGGUCGCUUAUUACAAAACUAACUCAUUAUGUUUUACUUUCUUUCUUUUCAACUAUAAGUAUAUCAUUGGGGGAUAAUCUCAGGUGGGAGAAAGAAGGACAUAGUCCCUUGUUUGGUUAUGACUUCUGGUAUCAACCGCGGCACAAGACAAUGAUAAGCACUUCUUGGGGAGCACCUAAAGCCUUCACCAAAGGUUUCGAUCUCCAACACGUUGCUGAUGGCUUGUACGGAAGCCAUCUCCAUGUUUACAGUUGGCCAGGAGGUGAAAUGAAACAAUUAAUUGACCUUGGAGAGACUGGCAUGUUACCUUUAGAGAUUAGAUUCUUGCAUGAUCCAUCUAAGGAUACAGGGUAUGUUGGGGGUGCUUUGUCGAGUAAUAUGAUACGAUUUUUCAAGAACAGUGAUGAAACAUGGGGCCAUGAGGUGGUUAUCCAAGUUAAACCACUGAAAGUAGAGAACUGGAUUCUUCCAGAAAUGCCGGGGUUUAUCACCGACUUCUUGAUCUCCCUCGAUGACCGGUUCCUCUACUUUGUGAACUGGCUUCAUGGAGACGUUCGUCAGUACAACAUUGAAGACCCUAAAAACCCUGUCUUAACCGGUCAAAUAUGGGUGGGAGGGUUACUACAACAGGGCAGUCCUGCUAAGGUGGUUGGAGAAGACGGUAACACUUUCCAAUACGAUGUUCCUCAGAUCAAGGGGAAAUCUCUAAGAGGAGGACCUCAAAUGAUCCAGCUGAGCCUGGAUGGGAAACGAUUGUAUGCAACGAACUCGCUCUUUAGCGCAUGGGAUCGUCAGUUUUACCCGGAACUCAUGGAUAAAGGGUCACACAUAAUUCAGCUUGAUGUUGAUACAGAGAAAGGUGGUCUCUCCAUAAACCCUGAUCUCUUUGUGGACUUUGGUGAUGAACCUGAUGGUCCUGCGCUAGCCCAUGAGAUGAGGUAUCCAGGUGGAGACUGCACUUCCGAUAUUUGGAUUUGAGUUUGGAAAUGUUUAAAGACUGAGGUUCUUGUGUGUUUCGCUUAAAUAAAGUUUUAUAGUUGUUGAAUAAAACGUGAAUCCAGACAAUUUAUACUUUGUUUGUAUACUUGCACUCCUUGUGGCUAAUAAACACUAUGUUUUAAUC